GAUUAAACCAAAAUAACGAUGACGAUUACUCAUUGAACAACAAUAAAAGAUGCCACAUUCGAUGAAAAAUAGGUCAAAUUUCUCUGUCAAAUUCGUGUCAACCCAGAAAUCCCAUCUGACCAAACCCAAGCUCAUCCCGCCAAUCAAUUUCUUUAUUUCCCACCUUUUCCAUCCGGCAGAACGAGUCUCUCUGCCGGCUCAGUCAUACUCAUUACCUCGCCUUUUGCGCUCUGAACCAACCUCUGCCGGCCGGAAAACUGCUUGAGAGAAUUUUGAUCGACCAUGGCGGGAACGGCACCGGUGAAGAGAAUAAAGCUGGGAUCACAGGGACUCGAAGUUUCAGCUCAGGGACUUGGAUGCAUGAGCAUGUCGCCUCUGUUCAACCCUCUUAAGCCCGAACCUGAAAUGAUCGCUCUCAUCCGCCACGCCGUCAACUCCGGCGUCACUUUCCUUGACACCUCCGAUGUCUACGGCCCUCACAGAAACGAAAUCCUUCUGGGAAAGGCUUUCAAAGGAGGGUUCAGGGAAAGGGUUGAAAUCGGUACUAAAUUUGGUCGUCUAUUUCUGGAUGGUAAGAUGGCGAUUCGUGGAGAUCCCGAUUAUAUGGGGGAAUUGAAGAAACUGGUUGAGGAAGGUAAGAUUAAGUAUAUAGGUCUUUCUGAGGCUUCUGCUUCAACAAUCAGGAGGGCUCAUGCUGUUCAUCCCAUCACGGCGGUGCAGUUGGAGUGGUCGUUGUGGUGUAGGGAUGUGGAGGAAGAGAUUGUCCCUACUUGCAGAGAACUUGGAAUUGGGAUUGUUGCAUACAGCCCUUUAGGCCGUGGAUUUCUUUCUUCUGGGCCUAAGGUGGCUGAAAAUUUUGAUGGCAACUUUCUGAAGUACCUCCCGAGGUUUCAGCCUGAGAAUAUGGAGCACAACAAAGCCAUAUUCGAGAGGGUGGACGAAAUCGCGAGGAGGAAAGGAUGCACUCCUUCGCAGCUGGCGCUCGCUUGGCUGCAUCACCAGGGAGAUGAUGUGUGUCCUAUCCCAGGAACGACCAAGGUCGAGAACUUUAACCAGAACAUUGGAGCUUUGUCUGUGGAGCUGACAGCAGAAGAGAUGGCUGAACUGGAAUCCAUUGCUGCAGCUGGUGCUGUGAAGGGUGAUAGGUAUGGUGAAGGUAUAUUGACAUUCAAGGAUUUCAACACUCCGCCUCUUUCGUCGUGGAAGCCCACUGGUGUAUGAAGAAUUGCCCCCCAAGGCUAGGUUUGCUCUUUAAUGUGAAGUACAAUUAUUUUGUAAUGUUUACAUUGUAUGAUUUGAAGAAUCUGGGGAUAAAAUUUUAAUCUUUAAUGUGAAGUACCAUUUUCUAGGUAUAGAAUUAGAAGGAUGGAAUUGUACAAUCAUAUCCUUUUUUUUUUUUGGGUAGAA